CAUCACGCCAAUCCAAGCUCUCGGAAGCUUGUGCUGUAGUACAUGUACAAGUGGGAAGCUUGGAGGUCGAACGCGCUAUCGGCACGUGACUUGGCUCCUAUCGAAAAUUUGGGGACCGCGCAUCUCGAACCUCGACGUCUGGUGCAUACGCCAGUAGUCCAUCUCGAAUUACAGGUGAUUCCGAUACCGACGGCGCAAAGGGACUCUUUUUAGUCAAUUGCCCUGGUCUUUCGUCGGCAAGAUCGCUGGUCAAACCUGUGCAUAGGGACAAGAUCCCUCCAUCCACCAACAUGUCGCAAACACUCGGACUGACCAAGCUCUCCUACUCGCGAGUAUGGCACCAUGUUUCGGCUUCUACCCUUCACCCUACCCUCUCUACACAACCCGGUGUAACGCCGCCCUCCCUCGGACGUCUGGCCUCUAGGAUAGCUACCAUCUUGAUGGGCAAGCACAAGCCGACCUGGGACCCCUCGACCGACUGCGGCGACUACGUCGUCGUCACAAACUGCGCCGCUCUGCACACUACUGGCAACAAGAAAUGGCAAAAGACCUACUACCGACACAACACGCGGCCUGGUUCGCUCAAGAGCGUUACCAUGGAUGUCCUGAUGGACAAGUAUGGUGGCUCCGAGGUUCUGAGGAAAGCUGUCAGCGGUAUGCUGCCCAAGAAUAGGUUAAGAGACAAGCGUCUGGCCAGGUUAAAGGCGUUUGAGGGAGAUGCCCAUCCGUACAAGCAGAACCUGAUACAGUUUGGAGGCAAGCCGGUGGGACAGGAGGGUUGGGAACAAGCUGUCAAGGCGAUCAGAGAGGCAGAUUCGAUGAAGUUAUAGGCCGUUAAGCCCCGAUGGCCAGACUAUCAUCAUAUCAAGAGAAGGGGAAGCGGCUGGUUCGAUAUUG